AUGGCUCUCAGCCUCUAUCUCUUGACAUUCAACUGUGGUCGGGCACUGGUCCAGCCUGACGUCUUUGGGCCUUACUUGUUUGACGCGUUAACACCAGCCUCGCAGCCUCCAGAGAUCGUGGUGUUGUCCUUACAAGAGAUCGCACCCAUCAGCUACUCGUUUCUCGGUGGAUCGUUCUUGACGCCAUACUUCAACGCUUUGCGCCAAGCGGUCAAAUCGUCAUCCAAGAACAGGGACCAUAGCUAUGUCAAUGUCGUCACGAGGAAUCUGGGGAUGACGGCGUUGAUGGUUUUUGCUCGAGACGAUGUCGCGGACAACUUCACCUGGCUUCAAACUGCCGGAGUUGGUCUCGGGGUGAGUGAAAUGGGCAACAAGGGUGCGGUCGGCGUCCGGCUGGGUUACAAGGUACCCGAUGGGCAAGAGCUGCAGCUGACUUUUGUCUCUGCUCACUUGGCUCCGAUGGAGGACGGUCUCGAGCAGCGCAACGAAGACUACAAGAACAUUGUGCAACGACUUGUGUUUGUGCCAGACCAGGACCGGAAGGCCGUGCGUCAAGAUGAGCAAAGCGAAGAUGCACCGUUACUGCAAGGAACAACGACCGAUCCACCACAGAAUACCAUCUCCGAGAGUGGCAUCUACUCUCCCAAAUCAUACCUCUUCUUCGCCGGUGACCUGAACUACCGUACGUCACUCCUGCAGCCUUCGCCAUUAGACGUCAAACAGCGAUUCCCUCAGCCUACGCAGGAUGAGGACGAUCCGAAGCACUUUCGCCAUCUGCUCGCGGAGGACCAACUCACCCAGCAGGUCAAGGCAGGAAACACAUUGCACGGAUUGACCGAAGCACCGAUCACCUUCCCGCCUACGUACAAAUAUGCACACAAGGGGGACAAACCUGUCAUUCUGGACGGAGAGGGUGAUUGGGCAUGGGCAACGCACCGAUGGCCCAGCUGGUGCGAUAGGAUCUUGUUCAAGAACGGGCACGGUGUCCAGGCGACUCCACAGAAGUACACAUGUCUACCUCUGUUUGCAACCUCGGAUCAUCGGCCGGUUGCGUUGAGUGCAACAGUGCCAUUCAAGGCAGCGUCGGAUGCAGGGCAGGCGGACAGAGCACCUUUUGAAAUCGACACGUCGUGGAAAAUCCGACGGACAAUGGCGCGAAGGAAGGAAUUAGCCGUGGGAAUUUUGGCUUAUUUGACACUGACGAGAGAGGGAAAUGGACUGCUGGCAGCAUCCGUCAUUGGUGCGAUUGGGGGAUGGCUGAUUAUCAGAUCGAUGUUGGUGUGA